CGGUGUAUGAGACAUUAUUUUGUUGAGACGAUUCGUCACCCUAGUCGAGACUGUGAACAUAAGAAUGUAUUAUUAGCAAGAUGUGAAGGGAGCUGCCAAAAAUCAAAGACUAUUCCAAGGAUAUCCUUUUCCCCAGUUCUAUAUCGGCCCUUUAAGUACAGCUGUCCUUGUUGCCGCGAUGCUCUGUCAAUCAUGAAAGCGGUGCCUUUGAAGUGUAAAAAUAAGAGACGCGUAUUUGCGACGUAUAGAUACAUUAUUCAGUGCGCGUGCCAUUAUUGU